GACACGGCCAACCAGAGGUCGCAGCACGACCAUUCCGCUCCAGUGUCUUGCGAGAGGUGUACUGCCAAAUCCCACUUCCUAUCAAUCGCGACCAUCAGCCUUUUCGCUCUUCGAUAAUCGAACAGAGCGAAAUCGUGAUAAUCACAAACCGCCAAGAUGGCUGACGAAUACAACGCCGAGGAGGCUGCCGAGAUCAAGAAGAAGAGAACCUUCCGCAAGUUCUCGUACCGGGGAAUCGAUCUCGAUGCUCUCCUUGACCUUGGAUCUGACGAGCUCCGCGAUGUCGUCCACGCCCGCGCCCGCCGCAGGAUCAACCGGGGCCUGAAGCGCAAGCCCAUGGGCCUGAUCAAGAAGCUCCGCAAGGCCAAGCAGGAGGCCAAGCCCAACGAGAAGCCCGACCUUGUCAAGACCCAUCUCCGCGACAUGAUUGUCGUCCCCGAGAUGAUUGGCAGCGUCAUUGGCAUCUACUCCGGCAAGGAGUUCAACCAGGUGGAAAUCAAGCCUGAGAUGGUUGGCCACUACCUUGGAGAGUUCUCGAUCACAUACAAGCCUGUCAAGCACGGCAGGCCAGGUAUCGGUGCCACGCACUCUUCACGUUUCAUUCCUCUCAAGUAAGGGCUGGGACUGUGGGAUACGCGGGGUUGGUUCUUGCAUUCAAAUCAAUCAUGGGUUUGGGGAAAUGCGGACACGGUUUUGCUCCUCGUUGGGCAUUGGGAUUGCAGCAAUGCCUGAAUCACACUAUCUUAAGGUUUACGAGAUAGCAAGAGAGAAAGAAACUAUGAAACGAACAACCCAAAUGCUGGCUUGUAAUGCGUUCCGAUC